AUGUCAUCAUCUUCAUCAAUGAAAUGGAAAAAUUGGAAGAAAGAUUGGACGAAGUUUUCGAAGAUAUCUGUGAAGAUACAAUCAACAACAUUAUCGAGGCCCAAACCAAAAAGCAAAAGAAACGAGCAUAUAUUGAACGAAACCGUGAAGCAGGACACACCCGAUUAUGGAAUGACUACUUCUCCGAAAAUCCCACAUAUGAGGAACAUAUCUUCAGACGCCGUUUCCAACGUUCCAUUCUUUCAACAUAGACCAGAUGCUACCGGGAGGCUUGGUCUUUCUCCACUACAAAAAUGUACCGCAGCAAUUCGUAUGCUUUCUUAUGGUUUUGCAGCCGACGCGGUUGACGAAUAUCUCCGACUUGGUGAGAGCACGACACUUUCUUGUUUACAUCAUUUCACUGAUGGAAUAGUACAGUUAUUUGGGGAGCAGUAUCUACGAAGACCCACAGCAGAGGAUCUUCAACGACUCCUCGAUAUUGGAGAGAAACGCGGGUUUCCUGGGAUGAUUGGGAGCAUUGACUGUAUGCAUUGGGAGUGGAAAAAUUGCCCAACGACUUGGAAAGGACAGUACCUUAAAGAUAUUAAUGUCCUCGAUCGAUCUCCUGUUUUUGAUGACAUUAUAGAAGGUCGAGCUCCAAGGUUAGAGUACGUGGUCAACGGACACAAGUAUAAGCUCGCUUACUAUCUCACAGACGGUAUAUAUCCAAAAUGGUCAACAUUUAUCCAAUCUAUCUCACGUCCUCAAGGUCUUAAAGCACAGUUAUUUGCUAAAAAACAAGAAGCAGCCCGAAAAGAUGUGGAACGGGCCUUUGGAGUUUUGCAAGCUCGAUUUGCGAUUGUCAAAAACCCGCCUCUUACAUGGGACAAAAAAAAUAGGGAAGAUUAUGCGAGCAUGUAUCAUAAUACACAAUAUGAUAGUCGAAAAUGA